AUGUCGCCCAAAGAGGAACCAACAUGCUACCUCGUCCCGAACCUCCGUGCGCUGGACACCUCUGCGCGCGAGGUCGACCUCAACUCGUACGCAUGGGUACAACCCAUUGUGAUCGACGACGAAGACUUGACGUUUGGUGGCAAAUCAUUGAGCGCGUGGUAUGAGGAAGACCGACGACGACUGAGCAGCGGAAGCGACGAUGGAAGAGCCGAGCACAGCCAGGAUGAAGAGAGACGAGGGCGGGAGCGCGUAAGGAGGCAUUACAAGGGCUCCAAGCACCACCGACAGUGA